UAUAUUGAGUUAAUACUAAUGUGUACUUUUCCUCUCUAUUGAAGGACGGCAGGGGCAAGCACCUUUCCAGCUCAAGCAUGCACCCCAUCGCUGGAGGUUGAGGCACAUUUUGACGAAUGUGGUGACUUUUUUUCCGACCAUCUGUUGGUGACCUCAAGCUGAAACCAACUUGGGUUCUGCAGCAGGACAAUGAUCCAAAACACACCAGGAAGUCCACUUCACGCUGCGGCAUGUGACCUUAAAAAGGCGGUGUGUGUUUGAAUCAAGACAGAAGGUGCUUCCCAAGCUAAAUAACACGCGUGAUGGCGGAGGACACAAAAGGUGUCAGUGGCGUUUGCCUGGGAGAGUCAGCCCAAGAGAGAAGAAAAGGCUGCAUCGAGCCUGAACCAGGUUUGCUGGAAACAUGUUGCUGAGGAACAAAAAAUGGGGAAACAGUUAAAAUGAGCGUCCUUGAUUUGACAAAAAGAAAGACGACGACAGAAAAAGCAUGAACAACAACAAUUCAAAGAACCUUUGACUUAUACUGGAAUGAAGUCACGCAAUUCUCCACCGAGUGCUUCAAGGAAACGGCAUAAGAGGUAUUUCUACUUUUUCAGACACAAAGAACCGAAAGAGGUUGCUAGCGUGUCCUUAUGUUGCUUGAACAUCUCUUCCUUGGAACAUUUCCAUUCAGCGAAUAACAGAUUCUCAACUCUUAACACCACAGGCAUGGUAUGUUUGACUAAUAAUAACCUACUGUACACAAUUUGAAACAGCAUUAAAAUACUCAAAUGUAUCCAAAUUAUGUGUCACAGUUCCUGCGCUCUUAUUUUGGUGUGCUGCACUUCCUGCUGUGGAUAGAAACCAGAAACCAUAGAAACCAGAGACGAGGCUGCGCAUGAGUGCUGAAUGCACAGAAUACCUCAACACUGACGGUGUGUUUGUGGACGCGUUCUACUGCCCCAAAGCCGGAAAUGACGCUGCUGCCACGUUCUGUUGUGGAUUUAAUGAUGUCAAGUACUGCUGCGAUGACCCCAACAGCUUCUAUCCGGAUGAUUAUACGUACAUGUGGUGGCUGAGUAUUUGGGCUCUUGUUGGUCUGUCUUUUGCGGCCGUGGUCCUUCUUGCCUUCCUCAUCACAGUAUGUGUUCUUUGCUACCUCUUCAUUGUUACCAAACCAAGUCGCCUUGACAACAACAUCCCCUUGCGACCCCCGGCAGGUGAGGGAUCCAAUGUGUCAAGAGCAACAUGUGCUUCUGGUCCACAGGGAGUCAGACAACACUUCAUGAGCAGAAAGCUGCAUUCUGACAACCAGCCUCCAGAUCCAGAGCGCCUGUUCCAGAGGUGCUUCACAGCAACUGUUACAAGCGUAAAAGUGGAGAGCCCCUCAUAGACACAAGAGUGCCUACAAAUUAGAAAAAAAACAGACUUCUUGGUCAAGAAGUGGACAUUCUGAUGUGGAGGAGCACAGAAGAACGUUUAUGAAUGUUAAAUAUUGUGAAUUAGAUCAAAUUUGAGAUGAAAUAGCUGUAUCAAAAAUGUUAUGUUGGGGUAUUAGUUUGGCAAUUUUAUGCUUGGAAUGGUGGAGAAGUGCCUGAGAUGAAAUACUUCUGUCAACCCUCCAGCACAUAUCAUUUAUAGUAAUUAAUAAAUAGUAAUUAGUAAGGGAUAUCAGCAUAAAAAUGCAAUAUCAGGUGAUAUUGGUAUCAGACUUUUUCCAGAUCAUGAAAGCCGAUAUUAAAAAAAUACCUCAAAAUCUCUGAAAUUGAGAGUUUGACAAUAUCGGCAUAUCGGUUUUUGGUAAAAAGCCGAUUAUCGGACAUCCCUAGUAAUCAGUUUGAUUCCUCAAAAAGAUCGUUAGCUUUGUAAAACCAAAAUUGACAAAACAGCGUAUUUUCAUACUGUGUACUUCCGGAGUGUCCAAAGUUGCGGCCCGUGAAUGAAAAACUAAAAAAAUAGCCCAAAUGUGAAAACAAUAAGUCACAAUGUAAAGCACAAAACUAAACUGUCGUUGUUUCUUUCCUUAUUAGCAUCUUAUUAGCUCGCUAAACAAAAUGGCAACCAGAACCGGAAGUUAGCUACCUUACAUCGCCCGUCUAUGAUGUCAUCAGCAGUUGACUCCCAAAAAUGUUAACACAAAACAAACAUUUAUAGUUUUACAAAUAAUUCAAAAUGCACAUAAAUGACAAAUGAAAGAAAUGAAUGAACAUUUAAGGUGGGAUCUUCUGGAAUGAAUUGCUGACGCUAACGAAUUGCUAACGCUAACAAAGGUUCCCCACCGCUACCUCGAUAUAAACAGGUUUUCUAUGCUCUAACUAAUCUGAACUAAGCAUUAGAAGACGAACAGCAUAGAAAAUAGAUGGAUGCCCAUUCAAUGCUGCCUCUGUUCAUCAGAGGCUGACGUCAUUGCAGCUCCCUAAUGUUUAAAAUAAAUAAAUACAUUGAUCUGAUGUAUUGUAUUUUUAUUAUACAAGUUAUGGUAUGAUUUUGAAGAUGUGAAAAUCCAUUAAGCGGGUAUAUAAAGCCAAAAUUGUGUACAAAUACUUCUGUAGGAUAGCAGUAGUUUAAAGUGAGGGCGCUGACAAAAACAGAGGUUAAAUUCUGCAGUUUUGUAGCCAACUAUGUGAACUUCUGCUCAGGGACUGAAUAGAUUCUUGACGGUGAGCAGAGACCUCAUCUUAAAUUGCCCAAGAGUAUUUUUACAAUGUACUAGCAAGAAACCUUUUGUAAUUUAUGCAGCGCCUCUUUCAGUCUCUGUACUAUGCCGGUAAUUGCUAAAGCUGCUUUGUGUUGGAAAUCAUGCAAAUGCAGCAGAAAAGCACUCUGACCAUACGGUCCUUAAACUGUGUUUAACAAAACUCCGAUUUAUGACAAUACGGAAUGUGAACUCAAAUCAUCUUUGCAGUGUACCCAUCUCAGGGAGAGUUUUAAUUCUGGAGUUAAUACCAUGUCUGAUUAAUCUAAUACAUUCAGCACAUUUUUUCACCACAAUGAUGUUACGUAUACAAAACAAUAAAUAUGUACCAUAUUUUCUGGAAUAUAAGUCGCUCCGGAGUAUAAGUCACACAAGGCCAAAAAUACUUAAUUAGGUACUUAAACAUAUAUAAGUCGCAUUUUUUGCGGGUAAUUUAUUUUACAAACUACUACCAAAACAGACAUUACGUCUUCUUGGAAGGCAAGUUCUAACAAUAAAAUAAUAAAGAACAGGCUAAAUAGUUGUAAGAUAUGCUAACAAAAUGCUUAUUCAGCUAAACAAAAAUAAACAUGAAUUGAAACGGUGUCCAGUGUUUAUGUAACAUAAACAAUUUCAAAAAGUGUGACUUAUAGUCUGGAAAAUACGGUAUUGGAAAUUAAUAUUAUGGCUUUCCCCAAAGGUACCCAUAUCACUCUUUAGAGAUUUGUUAUUUAUUUUUAUGGGAUUUUUUUAAUGACAGUUGAUGGCCCACUCACAAGCCUUUUUUUGCAUUCUUAUAUCGAAGUAUUAUUGUACGUUAAAAAAAAGCACAUAUACGACUUAUAGUUGUGGUACUGUGGAUCUUUUUCUCAAAACAAUUAAGUGCCAUGCUUUUGGAAAACUGUGUUUUUGUUCAUCUUUGUGAUGUCUUUGUUGUGUCUUUUGUCAAAGUUGUCCAAGAAACCGGAUUGAGGUUUUUGGAUUCUACAUAAAUAUUCCAUAAAAAUGUCAGUCAUUUGUCUGAAAGUAAACAAAAAUUA